UCUCCCUCAUAUGGUGACUCGUGAAAUCGCACAAGGAUAUUUGGCUGUAGGCGAGAAGCUCAUUUAGACUCAUGAGUAAGCAAUUCAAAACUGUUUGCUGAUCUGGAGGAGGAUCAUAGACCAGGAGAACAGCGUCAGGUCUGCCUGUGUCUUUACCUAACAUCUUAUAAUAUCACGCAUAUUUAUGGUGCACCUCUCUCUCUACAGUGGGAGUGUUUUCAUGCAGCAUUAGCCUCACAGAUCUUUUGUCACAGUGCGACCACCUGCGCUUGGAAACCAAAGGCGGUGGCUGCCCGGCGUGCGGAGCUGAAAAAAAAAAAAUCGGAGACUCUGAGCAUCUGUGCAGCUACUCCCCUAGAAGCCUGCUGCAAGGCAUGUCGACCGCCGGGGAAGUACCAGCCUUCUUCAAGAGCAUGGGCUCUGACAGCCCCGCCAGGCCGAGGCAGAAAUUCUGUGGCAUGUUCUGCCCGGUUGAAGGCUCCUCGGACAACAAGACGCUCGACUUUGAUGCGCUCUCGGCGUGCAGGGGCAAGAGUGACGGGCGAGUCAUUGACCGGCAGACCGACAUCUCCCAGCCGAGGAAGGUGGAGAUAAGGGAGAGCACAGGGAAGGAGGCUCUACAGAACCUGGAUGAUAAGAGGAGCGACCGUCUCCUGAUCAAAGGAGGGAAGAUCGUGAACGAUGACCAGUCCUUCUGUGCUGACAUCUAUAUGGAGGAUGGAGUCAUCAAACAAAUCGGGGAAAAUCUCAUCGUGCCCGGCGGGGUGAAAACCAUCGAUGCCCACGGCCGCAUGUUGAUGCCAGGUGGCAUUGAUGUGCACACGCGUUUCCAGAUGCCCGAUCGAGGCAUGACCUCUGCUGAUGACUUCUACCAGGGCACCAAGGCCUCACUGGCCGGAGGCACAACCAUGAUCAUUGACCACGUGGUUCCUGAGCCUGGCGUCAGCCUCAUCUCGGCUUUCGAGCAGUGGCGUGAAUGGGCCGACAGCAAGUCCUGCUGCGACUACUCGCUGCAUGUCGACAUCACCGAGUGGCACAAGGGCAUCCAGGAAGAGAUGGAGACACUGGUGAAGGAUCAUGGCGUCAACUCUUUCCUGGUCUAUCUGGCUUAUAAGGAUAUUUUCCAGCUUACUGACGCUCAGGUGUACGAGGUGUUCAGUGUGAUCCGCGAUCUGGGAGCCAUCGCCCAGGUGCACGCUGAGAAUGGAGACAUUGUGGCUGAGGAGCAGCACAGGAUCCUGGAGCAGGGGAUCACUGGGCCUGAGGGACACGUGUUGAGCCACCCUGAGGAGGUGGAGGCGGAGGCCGUAAACCGCUCUGUGACUGUGGCCAAUCAGACCAACUGCCCUCUCUAUGUCACCAAGGUGAUGAGCAAGAGUGCUGCUGAUGUCAUCGCCCAGGCCAGGAAGAAGGGCACUGUGGUCUAUGGAGAGCCAAUUACCGCUAGCUUGGGAACAGACGGUUCUCACUAUUGGAGCAAGAACUGGGCCAAGGCUGCUGCCUACGUCACCUCCCCUCCUCUGAGCCCCGACCCAACCACACCAGACUAUCUCAACUCCCUGCUCUCCUGUGGUGACCUGCAGGUGACAGGAAGCGCACACUGUCCCUUUAACACUGCCCAGCGUGCCGUGGGCAAAGACGACUUCAGCUUGAUUCCUGAGGGCGUCAACGGCACUGAGGAGAGGAUGUCUAUCAUCUGGGACAAGUGUGUGGUGACAGGUAAGAUGGACGAAAACCAGUUUGUGGCGGUGACCAGCACCAACGCCGCCAAGAUCUUCAACCUGUACCCCCGCAAGGGUCGUAUCGCCGUGGGUUCAGACGCCGACCUGGUGCUGUGGGAUCCAGACAUCACGAAGAUCAUCUCUGCCAAGAGCCACAACUCGACUGUGGAGUACAACAUCUUCGAGGGCACAGAGGUGCGCGGCGGGCCUCUGGUGGUCAUCAGCCAGGGCAAGAUCGUCUUGGAGGAAGGGAACCUCCACACCACAGAGGGCUCGGGACGCUUCGUAGCCCGCAAACCUUUCCCUGACUACGUCUACAAGAGGAUAAAGGCUCGCAGCAGGCUGGCUGAGCUGAGGGGCGUACCCAGAGGACUGUACGACGGUCCGGUCUGCGAGGUGUCAGUCACACCUAAAACUAUGACUCCUGCCUCCUCUGCUAAGACCUCACCUGCCAAGCAGCCCAACCAGCCCGUCCGUAAUCUGCACCAGUCUGGUUUCAGUCUAUCUGGUGCUCAGAUUGACGACAACAUUCCUCGCCGGAACACCCAGCGUAUCGUGGCGCCACCAGGCGGCAGGGCCAACAUCACCAGCCUGGGUUAGAGGUCCGCCCCUUGGCCGCUGAGGAGGAAACAAAGGUCUGAGGAAGGACGGCCUACAGGAGCUGAGGGGUCAAGAAAACCCACGUCACGACACCAGGAGCCAAACCCCUUCGCAGCACCCGACCAGGCCAUCCGUCAGCCUCGAUCUUUCACCUCCUCCUUCGCCGCUUUUCACAUACCCACUCUCCUCCUCCCCAAAAGCCCGACCCUAGAGGACACAGUUAGAAACAAAAAAAAAAGGUCUGCCUCAUAUGAUUUAAAAAAAAGAGAAAAAAUGAAACACUCCUUAUUUGAGCACUUUUGACUGCAUUAUUUUGUUUUUUUUAUACCGUCUUUUCUCCCUGCCAUAUUUCCUUCUGAUGUUUGUUUUACUGUUGUUUUAAUAGAGGGAUCCAGUGAGACUAAACUGAAGUAACACAGUUAAGAGAAGAGGAACAUUUCAUGCAGGAUGUCCAUAAUAUUUCCAUUCUGUCUUGUCAUUUUUGAAGCCGUUUAAAUGGCUUACGGUUAUUAAACCAGUAUUGUUGUCUUCUUUUCUUGUUUCUCCUGAAUAGGCCGAACACUAGGCUGCUUUAAAUCUAACAGUCUUAUAGUUAAUUCAGCCGAAAAGAAUCAAACACUUCUUUCAAGCUGUCUGUGAUUUGUAUUAUGUUGCAUUUCAGUUGCUUCACUUUCCAGUGCAUCGCCAUCUGUCACACACUCCUGCAGUCAGUACCCAAUUGAUAAUUCGCCAGGAUGACGGCCUUAACGGUUCGAAAAGUUGAACAGAUCUUUUAUUAGAGUUAUUGACUCUGGCUGCACUGGCUCUCAUCUCAUGUUUUCCCACCUGUGGCUUUGCUAAGGUACAUAAGUAAGAAACCAUAUUCCAUAUUUUGGCAGCUGCCUUAGAGCUUGUGAGUCUUGCGGAGCAGAAGGAGCUUUGGCAGGUAGUAAAUAGAGCUUUAUGCCUCAUCUGAGUGUGGAGAGGGAGAAUUGAUGGAAGGAUUUAGGGAGGAAAAGGAAAGUUGUACUUGCUGUCAUUUGAAACUCAACCUUUCCUUGCCUUAUUGACUCUUAAUGCCGUCCUUUUAGAAAACUUCACCACGCAGCUACAUACUUUCCGGUUUGUUUGCAUUCCUGUGAAUCAUAAAGGUCCACUUUUCUUUUUUUGUUUGUUAAUUAAACGCUGUCAACACAGCCAUCAUCACCAACCAGUGCAUUUACAUACAGAAUGUUUCUCCUCCUCCAAAUGUGACUGUUUUAUACUCAUCGAAAUCCCUCUUUCUUUUCUACUCUUUAUGUGCCUGAACCCACAGAAGUUGUACUGAUAGUUUUAAAAAAUGUUUCUUGUUUUGUUAUUCUUAUUGAGGUAAGUGAAGGAUGUAAGAUAAAAAAAAGAAAAGAUGUAAAAUAGCCAGGAUUAACCGAUUCAAAGGUGCCAGACUUUGCGCUUUCGUAGGGCCUAUUCUGCCGGUAGAGCCCCUGUAAAGACGAAAAAAUGCUCGAUAUCUUGAAAUGUUCUAAUGUUUUAGAGUUUUUAACUUGUUGUCAAACUGCUUUUUAGUGUCAUUCUGUAACUAGGUGCCUAAGGGCUGAGCACUAUUGAUUUACGCUUGAAAGUAGACAUGAGCUAAUGUACUUCUGAAUAGUGUGCAGUGUUGAUGUGUGAGGGAUGGGACACGCGCAGCAGCAGGCUCCUGUACAGCACUCUGAACUGCUGUGGAUGUGACAUCGCUCAGGGCCGUGCUGAGCGCUCAUACACUCUUUUUUUUUUGUGCAUGAUCUGGUUUUCAUUAAGCCAAGCAACUGAUUUCCUGUGUUAGUUCUUAUGUCAAUGAGGUCUUGGCCACUACUCACCAUCCCUCUGCAGCCGUUUACUUCCCCAUGACUCAACACGGAGCAACGAGCUCACCCUGACA